UCUCUCUCAGGGGAUUCAUUCAAACAGGCAGGAUGGCUUCGUGUUACCUCCACGCGCUGUGCAUGUGGAUAAGUUUAGUGUCUCCCUCGCUUGGAACUGGGUUUGUUUAUCACUUUCCAGGCAUCACUGUGCAGCGGCAUCACACGGGUCCGCCGGGCUCAGGCUCCAGAAACCAGCUGAGGAACUGGUGUCAGCACACUGUCUCCAGGACAGUACCCUGUAAGGUCCACAAUGGGACAGAAACCUCAGUACAGAGAGUGCUGGGCUGCCGAUGGCCGGGACCAUGUGCCAAAGUGAUCAGCUACAGGACUGUCAUUAAGCCGUUGUUCAAGAUCACCUACAAGCAGGUUACCACACUGGAGUGGAGAUGCUGCCCUGGAUUUGUGGGAGAAGAAUGUCGUGAAGAAUGUCUGAACUGCACCAGCUUCAGCGACAUGAACGGAAGAUUAAACGCCCUCGAAUCGAAGAUCAAACUGUUGGAGAACGGGCGCUCAUCUGUGCCAGGGGGUCACAAACGACCGGAGGGCUCGACAGAAAACGAGGUGGACACACCUCGACCCACUCGGACCCCGUACCCGCCUGCAGUACCAGGACCCAAGGGGCCCCCAGGACCAAUCGGACCUCCCGGGCUUCAAGGUCCUCCUGGAAGAACCGGACUUCCAGGACCUGCUGGACUAAAGGGGGACAGAGGUCUACCAGGAGAGGUCGGUCUUCCCGGUCCUCCUGGUCCACCAGGUCCCGCAGUGCUGGAUUCGUCUCCUGUUCGAGUCCGAGGUGACGUUUUUCAUCUGGGCCAUCAAGAGGAGGACCUGAUCCGUCAAGUUCUUCCUGCUCCUCAGAUCAGAGCUGGUCCUCCUGGUCCAGCUGGUCCUGUUGGUCCUUCAGGCCCUCCAGGAGUAAGAGGACCUGUGGGAACACCGGGUCUGCCAGGACAGGAUGGAACUGAAGGCCUCCCAGGAGGGUUGGGCAGUCCAGGUCCCAAAGGAGAUCCAGGGGAAAGGGGGCCCCCAGGUGCAGCGGGUGAGCAGGGUUUACCUGGAGCACCAGGACUGAAAGGAGAGCCAGGAGUGGGCCUGAGCGAGGGCGAGGCCGUGCAGCAGCUCAGGGAGGCCCUGAAGAUCCUGGCUGAGAGGGUCCUGAUCCUGGAACACAUGAUCGGGAUUCACGAGACCUCUGAAGGAUCUGGGUUUGAUGGCCUCUCUGACCCGGCGUUGUUCUCCAGCCUGAAGACGAAGCGUCGCCAGCCCCUCCCUCAGACUCCGGUGCUAAACAAGAGGCAUAGACGGGUCCCUCUUUAAUGCCGGGAUCAGAUUUUUCCAUCUGUGUGUAUUAUUUAGAAGAAGUAUCGGUAAAAGCUCACAUAACUGGAUGUUUAAUUGUUUAUUUGUCAGACUUUUUACCCGUCUCCUCUGACACAAACCAGCGG